CGGCGUGAGGCGAUCCCAGGCUGCGGUCCCGAGAUGAGCAACAUCGAGAUCCCGGCGGGGCUCACGGAGCUGCUGCAAGGCUACACGGUGGAGGUGCUGAGGCACCGGCCCCCGGACCUGGUGGACUUCGCCGUGGAGUAUUUCAGCCGGCUCAAGGGGGGGCGCGGGCGGGAGCCGCCCAAAGGCGCGGCGGCCCGCGGGGUCAACUUCGAAGGCGCCGAGGAGCCCAUGCAGACCGAGUCGAACGGGGAGGAAGAGGACGACUCCGACUUUGAGCCUCCUGUGAUUAACAGAUUCAACAGAAGAGUAUCAGUCUGUGCUGAAGCCUUCAACCCUGAUGAGGAGGAAGAAGAUUCAGAACCAAGGGUAGUUCACCCCAAAACUGAUGAACAGAGAUGCAGACUUCAGGAGGCUUGCAAAGAUAUUCUUCUCUUCAAAAACCUAGAUCAGGAGCAGUUGUCUCAGGUCCUUGAUGCCAUGUUUGAGAGGAAGGUGAAACCGCAGGAACAUGUGAUUGACCAAGGAGAUGAUGGAGACAACUUUUAUGUCAUCGAACGUGGAUUGUAUAAUAUUUUCGUAUCAAGGGAGUCUGAAAAUCGCUGUGUCGGCCGCUAUGAUAACCAUGGAAGUUUUGGAGAACUGGCCUUGAUGUACAACACUCCAAGAGCUGCUACCAUUGUAGCCACAACAGAAGGUGCUCUUUGGGGACUGGAUCGAGUGACAUUCAGAAGAAUCAUACUGAAGAACAAUGCGAAGAAGAGAAAGAUGUUUGAAUUGUUCAUUGAAUCCGUGCCUCUUCUUAAAUCCCUGGAGGUCUCGGAGAGAAUGAAGAUUGUUGAUGUAAUAGGAGAGAAGAUCUAUAAAGAUGGAGAGCGCAUCAUUGCUCAGGGUGAAAAAGCAGACAGCUUUUACAUUGUGGAGUCUGGUGAAGUGAAAAUCUUGAUUAAAAGCAAGACAAUGACCGUUAAAGAAGGAAACCAGGAAGUGGAGAUUGCACGGUGUCGUAAAGGACAGUACUUUGGAGAGCUUGCUCUUGUCACCAACAAACCCAGAGCAGCGUCUGCUUAUGCCGUCGGAGAUGUCAAAUGCCUAGUUAUGGAUGUGCAAGCAUUUGAGAGAUUGCUGGGACCCUGCAUGGACAUUAUGAAGAGAAAUAUAACGCAUUAUGAGGAGCAGCUGGUGGCAAUGUUUGGUUCUAGCAUGGACCUGGUGGAUCCAGGCAACUAGGCACGCCAUACCUCAGUGCCUUCUCAGUUCAACAAAGAAAAAGCCUCCUGUCAGCAACACAAAAACACAAAAUAAAAUGGACACUACGGAACAGUUAUUGCUGCUGCUGUCGUCUCGGGCAUUUUAGUAAACCAUAAUUAAGCCUCAGCACAUAUUGAUGGGUAGAGGCUCAACCUGUGCCUCCACUUUGCUGCUGAAAUUCCAUUCUUAGACCUCUUUUCAUGAUUAUUCUAACCCAUCUUUCACUUCUUUGGUUCAGAAUGGCAAGUCUCUCCUGCAGUUUAAGUGCCUGAUGCAGAGUCCAAAGUAAAAAAGCUGUUAAGCCCGUUUCUUUCUCUUGCUGCUGCUGUUAGUGGCACUUCGAAACCAAAAUUCAAAUCUGUAGAAACUUUUCUAUCGAGGCAGACUAUCCCAGUUCCAUCAGGGAGGAAGCUUCCCGCCGCCCCCCCCCCGCCCACCUUGUAGUCUCUUGGUCUCUUUCUCUGACGUGACUUCAGUUGAUGUCAAAACCCGCUUUCAAUUGUAGCAUUUAGUUUUUAAAUCGAAGGGUUGUAGGGAUUUGAAAUUGGCGAAGCUUUGGAGUGAGAUGGUCCUGAGGCCUUUGUGCCAUCUGCCGAAAGCGGCAUGAAUUACAGCUGAUUGUAGGGGGGAAAGAAAAACGAAACAAAAAACCAGCCCAUGGUGAUUCUUAGACGCAGAAGAGCAUUACAAUAACAGGUUCCAUAAGUUGACUUUUGUUUUGGAGAAGGUGAAAGGAAAGGGGGACGAGAAACAAGUUUGCUUUUUGAGCAUUGUGUGGUUAGCAGAGAUUCUUUUUCUUUUUUGUCGUUGCUUAUUUCAGUGCAGUGCGUUUGAUUGAAUCGUGUUCUGAUUUAGAGAUUGCUAGGAGUAUCUUCCUGAAGGACUUCCCUUGUUAAACUUCCGCUAUCCCUUUCUUCCCUGCUUUCAGCGUCAGCAGGUGGGUAAGAUACUGCCGAAAGGUUGACCUAUUCCCUCUUGCGGAAGGAGCCCUUUCUACUAUAGCUUUGCUGUUAAAUGACAGGUUUUAAAACUCUAUAAAAAGGAAAAAAAAAAUUUUGUAACUUAAAAGGAAAAGUAUUUCUGUACUCAAGGGAGACCCCCUCAAUCUUACUCUUUUUGCAGUUCUCUUAGACGCAACUAGACAGUCCCAAAUGUCAGCAGAAUUGUGUAAAGGUUGCAGAGGUUGGCAGCGUUGAAGGUUUGAAGAAUUCAAGAGAGGCUCUGCUAGUUGAGGUGUUUGGAGUUCUGAUAUUUUGGUUGUGGUUUCUGAGGGUCAGCUAGCCUGGGUGUGAAAUCAAACACCUGUUCUAUCUUUAACGUUUGUCAGGUAAAAUUCUUGAUGGAGCUGAGAUUUCGUAAUGAGGCAUUAGGAGCCGUGUCACACAAAAGCGGUAACAGUUUUCUAUUUCAAAUAUGGGGAGUUGAGGGGUCAUUUAGGGGCCCUCUCCAUUUUAAAUUUUCAUUUGACUCACAACACUCUGGAACUUCCCCAAUUGCGGCUAAUGAUGUUGCUAGGACUGCCAUUUGCAGGAAGACCGCUGUUGUUGGCACAAUGUCAAUAUCCGAGAGGCGCGCAGCUAUAACUUCGAGUAGUAUUUUCUGACCAGAAGUGAUUUCUUGUUCAUUCACCUCUUCACCAUUUCUGCUGUAGAAAUUGGAAGCCAACUGAGAACUGGACAGGUGGCCUUGCCGUUGUAGCGAUCUGAACUGUAACUGAGGCUUAAUGAGCCAGAGAUUCAGCACUGUGAAAGACCAUUUGACGCUUGCAGUGUUCUUUUUCCAACUCCAUUCUAUUCCAUAGUCAGUGUGGUGAAUGUCAUCCCCCAGAUUCUGUUGAGCAUCCGAUGAACAAGCCAAAAGGCCACAAACAAUGUGUGUCUGUUUCCCAGUGUCGUCACUUUGUAGUCACCAGUAUAGAAGUGUAAAAGUUCUGGAACAGUAGCAGCUUCUUACAAGAAAAAUGGGGAAAUGUGGCCUUCUGAAUGACGUGGAUCUCUAAGAAGUCGUUGCCAUCUAUGGAUUGCCCGAACAAGGCUUAAGAAAGUCACACCAAGCAGUCUAGAAUCCGAGAUCUUAAGCCAGUACCCGUAUCCUUGGAGUUCUCCAGUGGCUCAUGCUAGGGAUCGACUCCUCCCAAUAAGCUUUGGAAAUUCCAAGGUGGCCAAAAUGAUCUCUCGGGUGCUCUUGCGCCCCAACAUUUCACCGUGCCAUACAGACUGGAGCCAAACAGGCUUUUAAGUCUUUCCGUUGACCUGAUAUGACUAUUUAAAACCGCUUGCCGUAUGGAGCUUUAUACCUCCUUUUCGGCAAAAUGAUGGAACUGGAUCGUAGCAAAGGGAUUGGGGAACUUUGUUAGUGGCGAGAGUAAGAUGACUCGGCUUGAGAAUGACGAAGAGGUUGUUAGGAGGGGACAUCACUGCCUCUGAAUUUAAAACAGAUGGGUCUUUGGGUACAUUCACAAUUUGGAGAGGUACAGGUAAAGGUCCGCUAGCCCAGUUUUAGUGUUUUCUAACUUACCCGAGGCCAGCAAAGCGGCUCCACUGAUACUCUGCCGUGUUGCAGUGUCACUUUCACGGAGUUUGGUAGGUUCCGUGGUAGUCUGGAAGCAGAGAAAAGUGAUCUUUUGAAAUAAGUUGUAUGAAAAGGUCUUGCGUGGUGCAUUUUAGCCAUGUUUUACUCAUUUAUUCUGGAAGAAGGGAGCCCCAGUUUAGGUUGGAGGCAGUAAAAGUGUGCUUUGAAAGUGGUAUUAAGCAGGUGAGAAAGAACUGGUUUGGAGACAACAACUAACAGUAUUCAUCCUCAGCUUCCUAUCCCAGCCACUUUCAUUCUUUAUCAUUAUUAUUAUUAUUAUCUUUAUUAUUAUUUUAAUCUCUUAAUGUUUGUGUGGUUUGUUGGUUGUUUAUUUUUUUUUUUUUUUUGAUCCUUGCUCUAUGUUCCGUAAAACUGCUGAGGAUUCUAAGAUCAGUAUGGAGAGAGCUUUUCAUAUGAGAAAGUUAAUGAAAGGACUCAGCAGCAAAGUGGUUAAAGAGAUGGUGUCCUUGGGAUUUGGAGGAAUAUCUGUCUUAUUUCUGAUUCUUUGCUUGUGAUUGUUGUGAAAUCAGUGAGAAGAGCUUUCAGUCGUCAGUAAUGUCCUGGCGUAUGGUAUUUCUGUUUAAUGUCACAGUACAGGUUUCACAAUGUCCAAAAGCUGAAUGCUGUCUCCUUUAAAAAAAAAAAGUGCAAAUUUGCACAGAGAAAACAAACAAAAAAAAACCUUUCACUCUUUUUCAGUUAGUUGGGUUUGGAAUUUUUGUUCUUGCCAUGUGUUUGCAAACCAAUCCUACCAAAAUACAAACUGUUUUGAGUUUUUUCACUCCAGCUACCUUUUGUUAUUCUUGCAAUUAUAACUGCUGAGUGUUUCAGUCAGUUUCAAUAAUAUAGUUUGAAUUUUGAGAGGUCUUUUGGUUUCAUUUUACAUGUUGUAGGGCUCUCGCUCUAAAAUAUAAGAGAAAUGUAACCUUGUGAGAGAAUUAACUAAAAUAAUCUACUUCAUCUGUCUUGAGUUAGAGGGACUACCAAUUUUUUCCUCCACUCCUUGUAAUAAAACAAUCUAAUUAAGCAUAAAGAUGCUACCUCAAGACUAAAAGUGCUUUAAGAGUUUUUCAUCUUUGAGAGUUCCAUACACCCUGCUUGGAAUUGUACUCUGUUGACUUUAAGAGUUAAAUGUUUGUGGGGUUGUGGUUGUUUUUUUUUAAUGAUUCACUGGGAGAUCCUUAUAUUUCGGCUCAUUUGACCGUCGGAUUUGACUCUCAUAAAGGUGUAUUAUUAGAGAGUGAUCAGCCUUGCAUUGUAGUAUUGAAAAAGCAGAACCUUAUGUUAAAAAUAACACCUGCCAUAAACAAGCUUUUGGAUUUAAAUGGAAAGAAAAAGUAAUCUAGGGUUUAGCUUCACUAUUGGUUAAUAAAUGCUGACAUGUUGUGUCUAGCCUUCCUGGUUCAAA